GGUGACCGCUCCCAAUAUCGCACCGACCCGUACUUUCUCGAUACCAUAUUACGAAACAUUCGAGGCCUUAUGGAUAAUUAUGAAAUUAUCGACUUUAAAUCCUUAAAUGAAACAGUACAAGAUUUGAUACGGCAAGCUACGAAAGUCCGAAAAUAUGCAUACUGUCCGUACUCUAACUUCGCAGUGGGCGCUGCGAUAUUAACAGAAGAGGACUCUAAGGUGUACACAGGCUGUAAUAUAGAGAAUGCAACCUUUACUCCCUGCAUAUGUGCAGAACGUGCAGCAAUACCGAAGGCAAUAUGCGAUGGUUACUUGAAGAUUAAAAUGGUGGCGGUCGUCGCACACCAGAAAAGUGGGUUCACAGCGCCAUGCGGAGUCUGUAGACAGACAUUAAGCGAGUUUCGAAGCAGUGAUGGUGAUAUAGAAAUAUACUUAAGCAAGCCCGCAAUGGACAAAGUAUUGCGUACAAAGUUAUCCAAGUUGUUACCGCUCGCGUUUGUAAGUUACAUCACAGACAAUGUCAUCGAGGAUAAUGAUAAUAGUUAGCUAUAAAAAUACAUACAGGAACUAGAACUAGGAAAAUAAUAUAUGACAAAUAAU